AGCGAUACAAGUUUUAAAGGAAUUUGCGACGUUUAUCGGUAUAGCGAUCCCUAGACUCAGGAGGCAAAGAGAUGGACCGAGAGAGUGAUAGAAGACUCGCAACAGAAACGCUUCAGAGAGAGGGAUAGCGCGAGCACAGGGAGAGAAAAGGUAACAUGAGCGAUGCGCUAUCGCAGAACCCUGCCAGCGAACGCGGCACGACGCCGGGGUCGGCGCUAUCGAUUGGCGUCGGCGUUUCCUCGACGUCGCUAUUUGCUCGCUGCCGACGUCGCCUUUCUCUCUCUCUUCAUUCGUCCUCUUCUGCGUUCCCCUUCUCGUUCCCUCGCGCGUUCUCACCUCCGUUUCGUUCAUCCUGCUUCGCCACCGUCGUCCGCCGCUCACCCUCGACGCUCUAUCUCCGUUUAAUCCACCUUGUCCCGCGUCCUCCCACUCGAUCGACGUAAGCCUGUCUCUUUCGGCCGCGCAGUCACCCUCCGUUCGUUUCUCCUCUCUCGGGGGCGAGUGUUUGCCUCUCUGUCUCGCCAGAAGCCUCUCAACCACCCUAGUACAUCUUUCUCCGUCCACCCCUGUUCUACUAUAAUCCCUUUCAAGAAUUUUGGCCGGUCAGGGACACCACCCCACACUCACCUCCUUCGUGGGCUCCGGCUACAUAGGCAACACGGACAACGUUGGCCUCGGAUAAGACUCCAACCACUACCAUCCCCCUCGUCGAUGACGUCCACUCGCUUCGACGAUGGUUUUCCCUUUUUCUCGAGAAGCUUCGCAAGAUUCGCGUAGGCUCAGGUAUAGGCUGAUCCACCUAGCGCUAAAUGAACUAUCAAUCAGCUCUCCGACGCAUCCCUCGACCCAAGAGAAUAUCUAUCUCGAACGAAAGGGGAAUCCCAAAAAAUAAACAUCGAGAACCACGAGUCGGGACAUGGUCGACCAACGGCAGAGUUCACUCCCCCGCUAGCCUCUAUCGGCCGAAAUUCUUGAAAAGGAUUAUAGUCGCUCGUGGCUCACGAGUCCCCCGUCGCAAUCCCUCCCUUCGCCGCCCCUCUGUGCUCUCCGACUCCUUUCCAUCCGGCGCGGUAACAGGUGUUGCUCCGGCCCCGAACUCGUACAAAAUCGAUGGGCAAGAGCCACAUCGGCGUCGCGGCGAGGGGUUUCCCCUGCCGAUUCACCGCCACCCUCUUGCUCGGCUUCCUCGUUCCUCUGGCUCGUUUCAACCCCUCGAUACGGGAAAAGGGAGCCGGGACGGAGCAAAAGCGAAACGGAGAAACGCGAGGGACGAAGGACGGAGCCGGGGGUGGCGCGGAUGAGGAGGAGGAGAACCUGUGGACACUGGGACGAGAGAGAAGGGAACGGGUGUGUGCGAGGGGUAGAAGAGAGGCGGCGGUACGCCGCGCAGUAAGCCGCGAGGGGUGACGGGAAGGAGCUGCACGAAGCGAGGGAGGAAAGGACGCAGGCGCCCAGGACGCUGGGCGACGCUGGCCGACGACGCUGCAUUGGCAGUUGCACCCCAGCCACACCCGGUACGAGCCAUGUAGUCGGGCUACCCUCCACCGCGAUACACGGCGGACAAUUGUUGCUUCUGCGCCCACAGGUGGUACAUCUUCAUCUUCGAUCUUCGUCCGCGUAGACGCCUCGCGUCCAGCCCGUUGGAUGGGCUGUGGAACCAACCGCUACGCGUCCUGGAACGGUGCACGUCGUCCACGUCGUGGCGAAUAGUCGGUGAAACGCGGUGGUUAGCAGCCGUCGUCGUGGUUACGCUUGGUGCGCGUCGGUGUCGCGUGAGAGCUUCGUUCGACGUCCGCUCGCCGUUCGCGCAUCGUUCCUGGGGGAAACGAUCCCCGCGCUCCGAAUUUUGCGGGGGAUAAUCGCACCAAGACAACAAGGAGAGGACAGAGAAACCAAGGAGCUGCGACCGAGUCCGGGCGGCCCGCAGGGAAGAGGAUCGACUGAUAGUCUGACGGUUCCUCUCGGAGGCUCACGGAACCCGAGGAACAGCCGCACGAGGGCAGAGUUGUAGCCUCUCGCGCGGUCCUGCCACUGCUCUCGCCACGGUAGCCGAAAAAGGGCGAACAAGCGGGCGGCGAAGCUGGCUGGUGAAAUACGUCAGGAGGAGGAGGGGGGUCGUCGACUUACCCGGAGGGAGUUAUCGACUGCGCGCGUAAGGCGACAGCGCACACGUACGGAUACACAAACAUCGCGGACCUGUUGUCCAACUUGUUGCUCGUCCCUGCAAAAGGCACACCCGCCCACCGCCAACGACAGACGGCCGUUUUCGAAAAGGAACGAGGAAGGACGAAGGGGAACCACCAGCCAUCGUAGCGGGAUCAACGACCCUGCGGCCGUCGUGGCCGUAGCCAGGCACGGCGGUUACCUGGCCGCGAUCUCAGCGUGGCGGUGCGACCCGUUGGCUCGAUGAAACGCAAUGCCCGUAAACAUUGGCAGUUCUACCAUCGCAAUCCCGUGCCACGGCUUUGAGACGAAGCUCUACCUUGGCCAUUGGUCGAUCCGCGAACGACGAGGACGCGUGGCUUCGAGGAACCGGAGGGCUCGCGAUUAAUCUUCGUACCUGGGCUUCAACAAGUGUCCAGCCGGUGUCCCCCGCUUGAGUUCGACGAGCUAAACGCCUGGUCGAUCUGGAAUCGUCGCGAUGAGGGCACACUCGCGAAAACAGACACGCCCGACCACCAGAGCAACGGACGAAGGCGUCGCUGACGGAUCGGGACGCUGCGUCCGAAUAGACGCUCAACGCUGAUGAGAGAAACGAGACUUAACCUGCGACAGAGAUUUACCGCAAUACCCCGUCGUGUGUACGUGCACCUGGAGACCCGACGAGGAUGACGAUCGCGCGGAUCGCCGCGAAGUUGUGAAGUGUUCCUGUGGAAGUUGUGUACGGACACCGCGAGCGGUGCGAUGAGAGAGAGGAAUAGAUAGGGAUUGCCAGGAGUGAACGUUCGAAUGAAGAAGAGGAUUGAAAUGUCGAACGACUGAUCGUAAACGGGAAACAGGGCUGAAGUAGAUGGUUAAAGAAACACGCGUACGCCAGAGUGGCUCGGGCGGCGAGCUUACAUGAGCCAGUCAAGUGUAUCCCGCGCGCACGGCGUGCACGCGUAAGCGUCGUUACGGCGUAAUCUUCCACCCGUGAAUACAACGAAAGCAAUAUUACAAACAAGGUAAAGCGACGAAAACGAAAAUUUAUGAAAUAAAGCGAAAAAAAAUGUUUUAAGGAAAACAAAGUAAAAUAGAGAGAACUAGGGGCAAGCCAGGCACGUUUCGCGUGGCAGAACAAUCUCUCACACCCUUGGGAGCCAGAACGGUUCUCGUUCGCUUCGAGCCACUAAUUUUUCGGACCUCGAAGCUGAACCACUCGCUUCGCCGAAAGAUAUUUUAAUAGGAAACGUAUACACGCGUCUAUAUAUACACACGCUAGCUGUACAUACACACAGAACGCGGAUCCGUGUCUCUCCGUGUACACGCGAGUACGCGAGGAAGCAUAGUUGGACGGGGCAUCCCCUCUAAAACGAUCGUGCAACGACAUCUAGAAUUAAAACACCAAAGAAACGCGAAAACGUCGCGGUAACUUCCGAUCGGAGCCCGAGAGGAUCGUUUUCCACCGAUCCCACCAGCGAGACAUUUUAAGUUCUCGCGUUACGAAGGAUUUGUUAUACGUGGAUCUCUGAGAGUCACAGAUUUCAGAGGUAAUACUCGAAGGGCGCGACAGGACCAAGCAGGGAACGUCUGACUCGAGUUGAGGACACCAGAAGGGAUUUUCACCUUCUCACCCGGAAGAACGAGAAUGUCCGCCAGGUCCGCGAGGAACACCGAUCUCAUCUGUUAAAGCGUUGAUAAGAGUCGCCAAAGCUGAUAUGGCCUCUUCGAGGAUCCGCCAUAAUGACAUUUUGCUCGAUCUGUCACGUGAUCGAACGAUCGGGUGACAAAGGACGAUCGCUGGCGAAGCUGUCGAAGGAUCUACCCGGUGUCCUCUAAACGCAAAAGCUUUUCUGGGGGUUCUACUCUGAUAAGAUCUCGUGAAUCGAGAGACAGAGACGAUAAAUAAUUCACGAGUAGCGCCGUAGUGGCUGGGAAAGACUGAUGCGCCACACGGUGUUUCGUAGACACCUUCGAAGAGGAGCCCUGUGGAUCCCCGCUUCGGGACACUGAACGGGGGCUCUCCGUAUUUCUAUUCAAGCUUCGAGACAGCGCGAAAACUGAGACAGCCAAGAUGCCGCGGUGCUACAUGGUGAAGAAGGCCCCGUGCAACAAGUACAUAAGCAGCGUUGCCAGAGGAUUCGAGAACUGGGGACGCGGCAGGAGCACGCCAUCGCCGACCACCAUGCAGAUCCCGGUCUCGCCCAUAGAAGGGAGCGUCGCACCCCCUGUUGCUCAAGAAUAUCUGAGCACGCAGUCUCAGGACACGACAGCGACAGCGGUGAGGGCAUCCGAGCAGGAAGCGUCGAAGGAGAGGACCACCGCGCCCAGCAAGGUCGACGCCAGCCCAUGGACGCCCAACGACGCGACGACGGAGUUCCCAACGGCAAUGCGGAUGGAGACGACGGCGGUGAUCGUCUGCACGACGGGAUCCACAUCAACGACCACGCCGCCCACCGAGUCGAUCGGCUCGGGCGUCGAGAACGCGACAACGACCACGUCCACGUUACUCUUCACGACUCCCAGGUCGCCGUCCAGAACGUCCGUGGACCAGCAAACGACCAUCUCGAUCAUCCAUCACUCGCCACCAGGGGAACCGUCGCCUCCCUCGAGCACCGCCACACCGUAUCACCUGGAGGAGACCGCGAACACCUCGACGAACCAUCCGACGCCAGACACCAGGAUAGGAUCGUCCAACUGCAACGUGAUCACCAGUCACGUGUCCUCGAUGUUCAAGGAUCGUUCAGCCGCGGAAACGGAAGCUGCCCACGACCUGCUGGAGCUCUCGAGGUCCCUGCCCCCGUUGCCGCCCCCGAGCGUCGCCAUCGGGCCACAGAGCGUCAUAGAGGCCCCAGCGACCGACAUCCAAGAAAUGACCGUCUACCAGCCGGACCAACCGAUCUACCAGGUGAACACCAUCGACCUGGCGAGCUCAGCUGUCUACGCUCAUCACCAGCCUCACCAACCUUCCACCGCCAGCAUCAUCUACGAGCCUAGCGCGACGAUAGUUCAGCAAACGGGAAGCGUUUUCAUACCACUCUCGCCAGUCCAGGAGAUCCUCCUGACCUACAGCACACCGUCCAUCCCGUGCACACCGAUCGUCGCCCAGCAGCCCCUUCAACCGCCGCCCCAUCAGCAGCUGCACCAGCACCAAGCCAUCGAGGCGGCGCCACCCCUGACGCCGCCUACAUCCGAGUGCAGCAGCGACAUCGAGAACAACAACCCCAACUCGCAGCCUAGCCAGAAGGACAAGGAGGUGCAGACGGUGAUCGAGCAGUCGGAGGCAAAACCGGCGAGUUACACCUACGACACGCUACUGGUGGCCGAUGGCAGGUCCAAGAACAAGAAGACGACACACAGCCAGAAGAUUCCGGAAGCUGAACCGGUCGAGACGCCUGAGACGUCCAAGAUCGGACGUUACGUCUGCUGCGAGUGCGGUAAACAAUACGCCACCUCGUCGAACCUGUCCAGACAUAAGCAAACGCACCGCAGCAUCGACUCCCAAUCGGCGAAGAAGUGCAUCCACUGCGGAAAGGCGUACGUCAGCAUGCCCGCCCUGGCGAUGCACGUGCUCACCCACAAAUUGACGCACAGCUGCGGCGUGUGCGGAAAGAUGUUCUCGCGACCUUGGUUGCUCCAAGGUCACCUGAGGAGCCACACGGGCGAGAAGCCGUACGGCUGCGCGCACUGCGGCAAAGCGUUCGCCGAUCGCUCGAAUCUACGCGCUCACAUGCAGACCCAUUCCUCCGACAAGAACUACGAGUGCCACAAGUGUCACAAAUCGUUCGCCCUGAAGUCAUACCUGAACAAACACCUGGAGUCCGCCUGCCAGAGGGAGAACGACGACAGCAGCAGCAACGACGUCGACCCGAUACUAUAAGGCUUCGGGUCUCGGUGGGACGCGCGUCGUUCGCGCGGUCGGUCAUCGUCAGUGAGCGAUGGCCCCAAGCGAACCAAAGGCGGGCCAAGGUUCUUCGCCAAGGUGCACGAGACCUCACGCUGCAGAAGUUCGCCACCGUCGUCGAGGAAACCGAUGGAAGAUCAACGUUUACGUGUCGUUGAUCUCACGUCGACAACAAUGGAUCAAUUCACGUCCGAAACGGCCCAGGUUGGAAUCCGAUAGCCUCAACGGUGACGGCGAGUUCAUCCCACUUUUACCACUUUCUCUUCGAGAAACUCUUGGGAAUCGAGUCGAGGUUUCGAUCGAGGACCUACAACUAGGGAAGGAAAGUCUCCAAGGGGAUAAGGUAACUUCCUCGCCGUCAUCGUUGACGUCAUCGGGCGAGUCAUCGCGACAAACACGAAAUCUGGGUAAGCGAGAACAAUUUUUGUGUGCGAAGGAUUUGUUGUUCAGGGUGUUUCCAGUGAAUCUAGGAACUCAUGGAUGGGGAAACUCGGGAUAAUGAGAAAAGUUUAUGUAAACGUUGAUCUUUAUUUUCUAGUUGCUAAAUUAAUAUGCAGAGUGGGAACUGCGCGUUAAUUAAUUUAGAAAAUAUUCUGCUGUGUUUACAUCCUCGGCAGAAUUAUUAUUAUAUUCUCAAGGAUACAUUGAUACAUAGUACCGAGGAAAGAAGAAGAUUUUGGAUGAAACGUGUUUGUAACUAACACUUUAAUAUGGGCUGCACUGUGUACUGUACUUAGCCAGAUAGUUUGUGUUGUUUAGUCAUAAAAAUCUCAAAAACUAUUUUUUUCUUCAAUAUCUUUAAUACUCAUCAGCGACUAUUAGUAAUAUAAUAUUUUUGCCUAGAAUGAAAAUGGAUAAUUGGUAUACUCGUUACACUUUCCUUCAAAUAUAACAUUAAAAAUUCCAGCUAAACUCUUUUAAAGAAACCAAAAUUCUAAAAAACAUAUGUCUACUGUUUACAUGAACUUUUCUCUUCGUAAUAAAAGCACCCUGUUGAUCAGUGGACGUCGAACCAACGCGCAGACACGGUUCGAACUUCCGUUUGGUGCCUCGCGCGACGCCAAUGUAUCCCCUACCGCGGUUGGAUGUUGAAAUCGUGGAAGAAAGCAUGUUCAGGCCAAGAGAUGGGCAAAAUUCUCGUCUGGAUACAAAUAGAAUUAACACAACGAGUAAAACGAUAAACAAAACUUUUUAGCCCUUACUUUUCAAAUAAAAAUUUUACAAUUUCAUGGUGAACAAAAACGUCACGCGUCUUGUCUGUUAUUUGAACGAAUCGUUGCCCAUCUCUGGUUCAGGUGUCGAACGAUCGGUAUCGUUCGGACCAGCGCGACACAAAUGGCAUUCCUUUCAUCCCUCUGGGCUCGAUGUCGGCCGCGAAAUCGAUACUCGCGGAGCUUCGAGGGAAACGAGUCGACACGGUUCGUUCCUGAUCGAUCGUAAUUAAGGCUCCUGUUCGGUAGAACUCGAGGGGGUUGCCACGAUCAAGGCGUGGGUGAGCGGUGAAUCGAUACAAUAUUAUCGAGGGACCAUCAAUUUUCAAGUAAAAUUAAUUUCGAAGAAAAUUCACGCGAAACGAGCGAGGAGAAAGGAGGUCGGGUCAAAGAGCUUCGUGAGACGAAACGAAACAAUGAAAAUCGAAGGAACGAAGGAAAGCUCUGUCACUCACGACACGGUUUCGAUGUGCAGCUUUUGAUCUUCGACGAUGCUCCGUUUUUAACGCUUGGGAGCGUCGGGAAAUCGCACACGAUUUCUUACUUUCCACGUAUCGAUUUUAGGAAAGGUACAAUUUCAUAUAAAGUUUUCUAUUCUACCUUACAAUUGUCUAUCUAUAUUAAUUACAACUUCUAUUUUAUCUUGUGCCUGUGUAAACGCAAAUUGGUCAUUUGUUGAGACUUCAAUAAUGAAAAUUUUAAUUUCAAUGUUUUUCUAUCAAAAUGUAUAUCUUCAUAAAAGUAUCAGCAAUAGAUUGACAAAGUUUCCCUAAUGAAAAUAAGCCUAGACACGACCUUGUUCGAACUAUCUUUAAUUUUAAGUAAAAAAGUUUUUCAAACAUGAUUUGAGUGACGUAAAAAUGAAAUUAGUCCGAAGUGGGUCGUGUCUGGGCUGAUUUUCAUCGGAAAGACCUCAGCAAUCCAUUAACAAUACUCUUGACACGGUCAAACAAAAAUACAAACUAAGAUCACUACCUUUUUUCGAUAUAACAACGCCGGUAAACCUAAUCACAUUACCCUUAUAUCGAAGGACCACCAUAUCGUCUCAACAAACCAUUUAUAUAGGUAUAAACUAGGAACCCGACAUUUAACAAUUCAUGAUACGACCAAAGCUAAUAAUAUUUGAAUGCAUCAUGCUUACAUUCAAUCAGAAAUAGAACAUCGAGGUUAAGAGACACGUAUCUCGAAUAAAUCGAAUUAGGACUCGACGCUCCCUAAGCACUCUUUUUUCUAUUUUUUUUUCUUUUCUUUUUUUGAAGUUUCAUCGACAUUCGCGGCGCACAAUGCGACGGGGCACACGUCGAAGGUUUUCAUCAACAUUUCACGUAAACUGGACCACCUGUUGAACGCCGGAAUGACCAUUCGGUGGCGAAAGCGUCGGUUCGUUCUGCUCCCCUGAAUUAUAGAACAUCUUCCUGUAAUUUCCUCGUUGUUAAAUGCGCGAACGCGAUCGCGACCAACUGGGGCUCGCGCAUAAAACUUAUCGACGCUUUAUUUCUUUUUGCCGUCGCGUCGGGAGCUCUCCGUUUCGGAUAAUAAUUUUCGAAGCGCACCGCGCUGGCCCGGGAGCGAUUAAUUCGUGGCGAUUGUGAAGCUAGUCGUAGAUCGUAGUUAUGUUUUUAAUUCGCUGCUAAUCGAUAAGGUGGAUUUAUAUUUUAGUAGAUAAGAUCAAGCUUCGGGGUAGUCGCGCUUACUUUUCCUAAUGGCUAGUCGAUUUGCUUGACGUGUUGAGACUGAACGUCCACGUGAAAUGGUGUUUCAGAUAAAGUGUUCAAGAAUUUAUAAAUAUUUAUUAAUUUGUUAUUAUAUUAAUUUAUGAACAGUUGUUCGAGUUAACGUUUAUUCUACGUAAUUAUAGUUUAGUUUUAUUUAUGUUAUUUAUUUAAUAUACAGAGUAUAGCGAUAUUCCACCCCAAAGAUUGUUUAUGUUUAUUCAGGGGCGAAAAUGUUAUCAAUGGAUUUACGAGGAUCUCCUGAUGAAAAUAAGUCCAAACACGACCUACUUCGGACGACUUUAAUUUUAUACGUAAUAGAAAUAUUAAAAAAUGAUUUGAGUUUUGCCAAAAAUUGCUCGAAUGGGGUCGAGUUUGGACUCAUUUUCAUCGGAAAAAACCUCGCCAACUCAUUAAUAAUACUCCCAUGAAAAUACAAGAAAUGUGUAUAGUUUUUCACUCGAUUCAGAGGGUAAUGGGCGGUCCAGAAUUCUUGAACACUUCUCUUCGUCGAUGACUCUAGGUGAGUUGCGAAAUCCGAUUAGUAGAAUGCGAUUUGACGUUGCCAUGCUCUGCUAAUCAGAAUUCUGAACGCUUCUACGGCGCGUUUCAUAAAACGAUGAAGUGAAUUCAUUUCAAAUUAUGUGACUGCGCCUAUCGUUUCAGUGUAAACAGGCUUUGUUGCGCCGAGUGUACGAACCACUUAGAAUGCUUCGACUUGUUCGACCCAGUACGCCUCGUUACGAAAAACACCAAAUUGUCCAAUGUGAUAUUAAUUUAGAGAAUCCUGUCGAAACGGAAAACGAAACGAACGGACACCGUCGCGUCGAGCGAAAGCGAUGAAAGGGAUGCCUGCCAAGCGAGUAUCGAAUGUUGUAUUACUCGCGUAUGAAACCAAAGAGACUUACGCUCUAGUCAGCGAGCUACGCUUCGUUUUAUCUUAGGUUGCCCACCCCUAGCGGAGGGCAUGUGUAUAGUCGGUGAUGUAAUCGUAUUUUGUUCCGUCGUCGUGUUGCUCUCUUGCUUUAGCGCGAUACGCGUUUUUAUAUGACGUAGAGAUAUUUUGGUACGAGACAUUUUGAGCGAUUGUACGAUAUAGAAGAGAGGGGGCGAAUGAAUUUACGUGAAUACUUUUAAUCGAUUAGUUGACGUAGUUGACAGCGGCGUGGAACGGCGAGCCGCGCUCCUUAAGAGCUUUAGCGAUUCAAGGUAGCGCUCUGGUUUGUCGUUUGAAUUCGACGUCAUGGUAUACUAAUGUUUAAACUAUAAAUAGGAUUAUAGUUUGACUAAUUUUUAAAAGAAAACUGGAAGUAAAAAUAACGACCGUACAAAAGUUACCUUUGAUAUAGUUGGCACAAGAUUCGUCUCUUUUUAUACAACUGCGCAUUUCCCUUGCGCAUUAGGGGCGCUGUAGAGGCUAAUAUAGAACGAACAGUCGAUUUUUCGUGAAAACAAACCAGGAGCCUGCCUUAAAUUGCACAAAACGUACCGACAUCAAAUUGUCUAUCCGUUUCCUCGCUCCAUUGUUUACCAAGAUUAUUCUCUCAAGCGUCUCUAUUCGUUCGUUUAAACGUAAGCAACGCACGAGUGGUACAGAACCUACCAAAGAUUUAAAAAAAUAUUACGGUAAUCGUCUUUUUUUUUUGUCAAUUCUGAACUACUCGUAGGUAGCUCGAUAAAAGGUCAGAAAUAGACUUGCCUAACGCUACACGUUCAAUUCUACGACGAGAUCGUUCAGCUGUAAAUAAAUUCAAUUAUUUCCCCAUAAUUUCCGAACAAUUACGCGAGCAAUAAGAUGAUUUGUGAUCGUACGUAGAGUUCCUAGCCGUAAUCGUUCUUUGUUCAUUGGGUCUGUUAAGCGAGUCUGAUUCUGACUGAACUCCGUUGAAAUGGGAACAACGUUACCCUGUACUCGUUUUAUGCGUUCGUUACGAUUCUAAGCGGCAAGAAACAGCGAAGCUUAUGGUAAAUCCUCGAGUCCUGUUCCCAAUGUGGAAGAAAGACGCAUGUAGAGCUUACGCCUAUGUCGUAAAGGCCCGUUUCCACCUGACGCAAGCUACACGAAUGCCAUAUUUCAAUCAUAAAUGGCUCUGUGUCGGUUCAAAAUCGUGGUUACGUCACAAUGUUGAUAAUCAUGGAUUUGUGACACAUGGAAACGGACCCUAUGAUCGGGACCGACCACCACCGCGAAGGUCGGAUACUUCUUUACAAUUUGGUCGCACCUUUAAUGAUAUUCACAGCUACCAGUCUCGUCUUCAUAACUGUAUUACAAUUAUCGACAGUCAAUCGAAUCUAUAAUUAGAGUUAACCUCGUAACGGUAGUCAAUAAUAAAACCAAAAAAGUGGGGAGCUAUAACUGUAGCGUUUACCAGGCGAAACGUUCUUCGUCGUCGUGACGAACCUUCGUCGAAACAAGUUUUCAGACCUUGGGGCUCGUUUCACUUUUUUUUACAAUAUUUGCCUUACCAUUUACCAAACACCAUAGUUUGGUAAAGCUUUGUUACUUGACAAAACACAUUUACUUCUUUUCUUUUCUACAUGUUCUGUUUUUAUCGCUCUAUUAUAUCAUCCCCAUCCCGCUGCUAAUAAAAGUGUCAGCAGUCCUAUAAGGCCCGAUGGGCCUACAAGGAGCGAUCAAUGCGACCAAGGACAGCUACAGCCCCUGAAAAUAUUAUCUACAUUUGUGGAAAUUUGGUCAGAAUUAAACUACUAUAGUGUAUUCAUAUUUUACGAAAGAAUCGACUCGACGACCGAUCGUCAUUUCGUCGAAGAACGUUUCGCAACGGAAGAAUAUUCUCGAAAUUAUAUCGCAGCUUCGGGGCUUGCCGACACGAUUUCUACGCGCCACCCGUUCCGCGAAGAGGAAGACGAAGAAUUCGCAGAAGAAGGGGGCGCGCGCAACAACAACGACGCGCGAAAUCGAUUCGACGAAGGGAAGUAAUAUAUCGCAAGCCGCAGAACUGAGUACCCGUAAAUACAAACUAAUUAUUAGAUCCGCCGUAGUGUACUCGAGCGAAAGCAAAAAAUGAAAAGAAACCACAAAAAAAAAAAUGGUAAAUUAGUAUUAACGAUGUAACGAUGAAAUGGGCAAGUCGACGCACUAUUUUUUAGAUACGCGAAAACGAUUUAAAGCCAGGCCCCGGGACGAUCAUGCCUCGUACGUUUCUCGGUCUGGGGAAAGCUUCUUGUCCGCGACGAAGGACCGUUCUUAUUGGCUGUGUGCUCGAAACUUCGAAUCGAAUGGGAAAUCAACGGGUACGAUGACGAAACGAGGGAAAUUGUUGGCGAUCAAUCUCGCGACGUUGUGGAUUCUUUCGAAAUAUUGCGCACAGCAUUUCCAAAAUGGCGUCACAACAUACACUGGCCGUUCAUCCACCUCGAAAAAACGAUGUCUUAAUAAUCACGAAUCGAUUAUUAUAAUUACUCAGUCGUUACAAUUUAUAAUCAUAUUAGCUUGAACAAGUUGCAUUAUAGCAAUUAAUAUCGUAAUUUACUACAAAUAACUAACAAUAUAUGGACUCAAUAUUCACAGUUACUGGUCCAACCUCUAGUAUUUAACUUCCAACAUAUAUUUUUUAAUACAAGUGUACAAAACUGCGAAGAAGAAAUUUUUUAUUCGAUGGUAUGAAUGCGCCAGUAUAGAAUACUAUCUUGGAAACGCUCUGUAUGUAAGAUAACAAAAGAAUCAACUUAGAAGACGCGACGUUAUUUAUUUUUUUGAUCGAUAACUCGAAUAUGUCCCAUUUGUCCUUGGUCAAUCAUAUAAAUAGACGUCUCGUUUGACCUUAUCUAAUCAUGUAAGCAAAUGUCCUAUUUGAUUUUAGUUAAAUAGUACACAUGUCGUGUGAAUUGGAAAAAUACAAGGGGAAAACCCUUGUAUGCUUUAUAAACACCCUGUAUACUACACCAACGCGUAAUAUAACCGUGAACUUUGCAUUGACGUGGCGGUUAUCCACCAAUCUCAGCUGUCACCCCCUGUCAAUUUAUCGGCAAGUGAUCUGAGUGUAAACUAUCCCGUACUUAAAGACAAACUUUAUAAUUACAAUUACGCUAUCGUCGUAAUUGCCCAUUAACGCAUGACAAUGUCGCAUUUUUGCAUCGCUGGCUAAUUGCUCGGAUUCGCGUCGUACUCGUUACCGUCACGAACCCUCGCUUAACAGAAUUUUUCUGUUAGAUAAAACCAACCCCUCCCCGAUACACGAGCACGAUUAACCAUAACCUCGAUGGAAGAUAUGUCAUAGCUGUAAAACUAUCUUUAGAAAAAGAAAGACACACGCACACAUGCAUACACACCUACAGACACAUAGCGAAAAGAAAAUGUAAAAAGAAAUUUCCUUACCACGCGAGCCAUUGCGGGAGACCGAUUACCAUUUCGACUCGUCGCAUAAUUAAGUAUAUACAAAAAAAAAAAAAAAGAAAAGACUCUAAAAAGGACCAAAGUACUUAAACGUUACUACGCCCAAGGUGUGGCGCCAUUAUGCAGCGAUAAAUAUGUAAUGUAAUAAAAUAAUUAUCGCUCUCGCGGUGAUUACUCAUUGUCAAUAAGGGUGAGGAAUAUAAGUGAGGGAAGUGAUGAGGGGUAUGUAGAGGAGAGGUGUAAGUCCGAAUAUGUUAACUGUAUAUUUGAGAACACGGUAAAAAGAACAACGAAAACGUGACAAACAUUGUCCACGUAAAUGUAAUUAAUUAACUUAUUAGACAGACACCCGAGAUAUUAUAUAUGUAUAUGUACGUGUAUGUUAGCCGAAUGCUCCAACAACACAAAACUUCCUUGGAGAACGACCGCCUCUAAUUAAUUUCGAAACUGGACACCUCCUACGUCAAAUAUAAUUUUUCAAUAACGCAAGUUAGAUAUUGCGUUCGUGAAUGGAUAAAUAAAUUGUUGAAAAGAAGAUAUCAAUCGAGAAUAAUGCAGAUUUUAAUCAUACAAUUGUUUAAUUGAGAAAACAGUCUGCAAUGGAUAAUUUAGUGAUUUUGAAGUCAUGUACCGACUCAGACAUUUUCAGCCAUUUUCUCUUAAAUUACCAUGGUACGGUAAACAGACGCUGUUUUGCUCACGACACAGGUUCAUAAUUUUGUAAUUAUUAUCGAUCGAACCUGUGCACCAUUCUCUCAAGGCUGUCUAAAUACGUAGCUUGUAGCGAAAUUAUUCGCGGCGACGGAAGAGGGCGUGAAAAAUGAAUUAUCCGUUGCAUAAUUAAGCGGAUAACUUAUAGGCGCGGUGAUAAGAAAUAGGUUAUCCAUUAAUGAAUUCAAUUACGAAAUUAAUUAGAGCGCGAUCCAAGCUCACCGCCGUACGAUAAUUUAGAUUUCGCUCAAGUCACAUGGCAGAGUCGAUAAAUAUGAAAUCUGUGCUGCACUUGUGACGUCAUCGAGUCGUUUCCCAUGCACACAUAGACGCACACACAACACACAGAAACACAUCGUGAACGAUCGAGCAAAUGUAUAAAAAAAAAAAAAGAAAA